GCCGCCGCCGCCGGCCCCGCCCCCGGGCACCAUGCUGCCCUCGCAGGAGGCCUCCAAGCUCUACCACGAGCACUACAUGCGGAACUCGCGGGCCAUCGGCGUGCUAUGGGCCAUCUUCACCAUCUGCUUCGCCAUCAUCAACGUGGUGGUCUUCAUCCAGCCCUACUGGGUGGGCGACAGCGUGAGCACCCCCAAACCUGGCUACUUCGGCCUCUUCCACUACUGUGUGGGCAGCGGGCUGGCGGGCCGAGAGCUCACCUGCCGCGGCUCGUUCACCGACUUCAGCACCAUCCCGUCCGGCGCCUUCAAGGCGGCCGCCUUCUUCGUGCUGCUCUCCAUGGUGCUGAUCCUCGGCUGCAUCACCUGCUUUGCGCUUUUCUUCUUCUGCAACACGGCCACGGUCUACAAGAUCUGCGCCUGGAUGCAGCUCUUGGCAGCUCUGUGCCUCGUGCUGGGCUGCAUGAUCUUCCCCGACGGCUGGGACGCUGAGACGAUCCGGGACAUGUGCGGGGCCAAGACUGGGAAGUACUCCCUGGGGGACUGUUCGGUGCGCUGGGCGUACAUCCUGGCCAUCAUCGGCAUCCUCAACGCUCUCAUCCUCUCCUUCCUUGCCUUCGUGCUGGGUAACCGGCAAACCGACCUGCUGCAGGAGGAGCUCAAGCAGGAGAACAAAGAUUUUGUGGGCUCUACAGUAAGCUCUGUGUUGCGGCCAGGGGGUGACGUCUCCGGAUGGGGCGUCCUCCCGUGUCCCGUUGCUCACACACAGGGACCCUGAAGGCCGGAAUCACAGCCCAGGAGUUGACCUGCCCUCAGCUUGUC